UUCUUUCUUUUUGUUUAAGGAUGUCGUUAACUAGCCAGUUGGUUAGCCGGGGAUGGUUAAUUACAUCUUGGUAAAUGAUGAUGCUUGUAUUUCGGAUUGGGUUUUUUCGCUAUGCCUCGUAUUCUAAGCAACAGCAAGGGUGCCUGUCCAAUGCAAAACCGCUAAGGAUAACAGCCUACACAUUGCGAGCAAGGAGCUUCAUAUAUACACUGAUCAUCAGCAAGGGAGACAUUAUCAUCGUCACGGGGGCAACGGAGGGACGAUUAGACAAUGUCCACCAUGUAAUUCUGAAAAGGACCAUUAUGCGUGGAAUCUGUGCUAUACUCUGGAGUUAGAAUUGGAUCAGCGUUAUUGGAAUUACAGCUUCUUCCUACAUCUCUCAACAUGAGCAGCCCUCAGUCUGCUCAGGAGGCUGAGGUGUCUGAUCUUGAGAUCAUAUCCCAGCAGGUGGAAGAGGAGAGCCAGUGCAUCGCUCCAGUCCAGCUUGUGAACUUCGCUUACAGAGACCUGCCCCUCACGGCUCUCGACCUCUCCCUGGCCGGGUCCCAACUCCUGUCGAACCCGGAUGAGGAGGAUCAAAGAGAAAGCUCUAACUGGUUGAAGCCGUGCUGUGGGAGGCGAGCCGCGAUCUGGCAGGUGUUUCUGCUCAGUGCUGCACUCAACUGUUUCUUGGUGGCUUGUGUGGUGCUGGUGGUGGUUCUCCUGGCUUUGGAGCUUCUCAUAGACACCAAGCUGCUGCAGUUUACCAAUGCAUUCCAGUUUGCCAGUAUCAUCCACUGGAUCAGCCUUGUGAUUCUGUCUGUGUUCUUCACAGAGACUGUCUUUAGGAUUGUGGUCCUGGGUGUAUGGGAUUACAUAGAGAACAAAGUUGAGGUGUUCGACGGUGCUGUAAUUGUCCUCUCCUUGGCCCCAAUGGUGGCCUCCACUGUAGCAAAUGGACCCAGCAGCCCCUGGGACGCCAUCAGCCUCAUCAUCACGCUGCGCAUUUGGAGGGUGAAGAGGAUCAUUGACGCCUACGUAGUGCCAGUGAAGGUGGAGAUGGAGAUGGUUAUCGAGCAGUAUGAGAAAGCCAAGGCAGUCCGGGAGGAGCAGCUGGAGAGGCUCACUCAGAUCUGCCAGGAGCAAGCGUUUGAAAUCAGGCAGCUCUGGGCACACUUGGGCCAGCAGGACCUGGACCUGGCGGUGGAGCGGGAGGCCGCGAUGCAGAUCCACCGUGUCUGGAACAAGCAGAGCAGCCAGUUCAAGGUGCUGGACGGGCUGGCCACGGGGGAGUCGGACGACGAGGGGGCGAGGAAUAUCCGAGAGUCUCGGCAGCCGCAAGAGCCUGUUGUCCGAGAUGACAUGAACAACUAUAUCAGCCAGUAUUACAGUGAACCGAGCAGUGAUGUGGGAGUUCCGGAAGCUGGCACGCGUGUCAUCACCACGACAGCCAUCGACGUGCACCUUCCCAGCAACCCCCACUACAUCUCCUCAGAUCUGCUGACUGUGGAGGCCCCCGGGAAGCUGCAGCGCAUGGGGAGCUCCGUCAGCGACACCUCGGCGACUGUCUCCCGCUCCACAGACAGCUCCACCACCAGGAACCAGAGCGGCAGCAGCCAGACGCUCGGCUCCUCUACGGGCUGCAGCACAACCCGGGAGGGCUCCUCCGACUACUGCCCAGUGGCGCGGUCAAGGGGCCAACACCACCACCACCAGGAGGACCUAGGCUCAGCCGGACAGCGGGACGCCAGCGCCGUGGUCCAGGAGCUGCUGUCCUCCCUCACGGAGGACUCCUGCCUGGCGCAGAAGAGGCUGGACCCCGUUAACCUUAAGCUACCUAGCCCCACGGGGUCGAACAAAACAAGCCCAGAGCUGGAGCACAGAAUGAAUAUUUACAACAAGAAGAACCAGGAGAGCCUCAAUGUAUGCCAGACUAAACCACUCAUUCACUUCCACGGGAACGAGCCCACCCUGGAGGAGAAGUACAGGUUUCUGGAGCCAGCUGGUGGGUCUCUGAGCCGGCCACCGGACACAUAGUGAGCGGGUAGCGUUGCCAACGGCAGCACUAGCAGCAGCCUUUUUGAGCCAGCAAUGACAAAUUCCUCAUGCCUCCAAGAAAGCUUUCUGUGGCCUCGCUCUUGUUGAGCUCCCUCCCUAUCGAAGUGCUUUGGAAGUGUGGUCAAGACUAACCCACAGAUGCAUUAGGAGAGCAUUGCAAGGGGGAGAGGUUAAGAUCCAGCGUUGAACAAUCAUCAGGAAUUUUCACUGAAAAGGUCCCAUAAAAAAAAUAUAAAACCAGCAAGGGACCGUGCUCAAGCUUUUAUGAAACAACCUAAUACAACAGUAUUGUUUUUAAAACAAAAACAUCUGUAAAACAAUCUCUGAUCAGGCUACACCAGGGUACAUUUGAUUGGAUGAGUUGUAUGGACAGCAGAUUUUUUACCUUACACUUUCUACAUUACAUAUGUUGAAAUUUGUAUUUAAAUUCAAGAGGGCAAAACAAUGUUCGCUGCAGUAUUUUUAAAUCAAUCCAGGACUUGUUUUUGGGGGUACCUGGGUGUGUUGGGAAAUUGAUUGGUUGGAGAAUGCGAUAUAAUUGAAAGGAACCAUGUUCCAAAAUGAAAUGUUUGUAGCAUGAACCUAAAAAAAAAAAAAAAACAGCUUUCUGAAUAUGUGAAAAUAAUCCAGUGCACUAAUGUUUACAGCAGUAUUUUAUAACGAUGACCAUGGCAAAUGAGAUGCAGACUGCUAACAGCGCUGAAUUAAAAUGAAGUUUGUAAAAUGAUGGGACAUGGGAAUGGCUUUAUCUUGUUUGUUUAUUACAUUCAGCCACACUUUUGAUCUUUUAAUGCCACUGUGACUUUGGACCAUCUUAAAACAUCCAGGCUCCCCAGAAUCUGCAUUGAUUAAGUGUUGCAACCACCCAGUUAAACAGUGACAGGGUUCUCAAUACAUAAUGUUGUUGUGUUGCUUAGAUCAGUGGUUUCCAAUUCCGGUCCUGAGGACCCCCUGUGUCUGCUGGUUUUCAUUCCAACCAAGCUCUCAAUUACUUAACUAGACCCUUAAUUGAACUGAUCAUUUGCUUAAUUAGACCUUUUUCAUUGUUUUCAACUCUUAAACAGUUGCAGACUUCAAGUUAAUUAUAAAAUGGUAUAGCUAGCUUGAAAUAUGCAACUGUUAAGCCCCCCCCCCCCCCCCCCGUGCAUGGAUGAAGCACACUGCCAGGAGAUAGCUUUGCCAAUCAAUUGCAACUGAUACGUUGUGAUUUAAGUUAUCACCACAAUAAACACAGCAAAAACGGCAAAUUAACUUGACAUUCUCGUGACUCGGGGGAAAUAGUGACACAUUUUAUAUUUAAAACCUAUUUUAAGAAUUGUUUACAAAUGUAAAUGAUAAAGAUUUACUAUGCCAUUUAUAGACUCCAAAUAAGGAAAUGAGUGGAGUCAUUACCUUAAAUCUACAUGUUCAUGUUCUUCAUGAGCCACCAAAACUGUAUAUUUGGUAACAAACGCAAAUUCAGUAUACAUCUGGGCAUUCUUUGUACAUAUUGCUGUUAACUAUCUUAAUUGAUACAAUAUUAAAAUUGUAAGUGUCACUACUGAAACCAGUUGCAAGAUAAUUGUACAAUUUAAUUGUAAACCUAAUGCAUGCUAAUUGGUAUGUAUUAAUAAUUAACAUGUCCUAAAUUAACAAUCGCUACUAAUUGUAUGCUAAUUAAAUAUGUAGCAACACUAUUACUUAAAAUAACUUAAUUUUUAAUAAAUAUCAAUUAAAUCUUCAUAAGAAUCUAAUAGAGAAUGUACACAACCACCCAGGCUAUUACAUGCUUUAUUUAUUUUUUAUUAUGUUCUAUUAAGAAUUCAUGGGCCAUUAUCUACAGGAUUUUUUCAUUGUACUUUUUAUGCUACAUUAUAAUGGAUUCUCUGCACUUGAAGUUAAAUCAGAAAGUCUAGAACCACACACUAGUUCUGCUGCUGGGGUUCCUCGUGACUGACUGCCCCUGCCGCAGACCACUGCGCACUGGGAUUACUAUUAAACUGGUCAACCUGACCUUCCCUACUGUUCUGGGGGACAUGGUUUAAGGGUAUAUAUGCCACAAUUUGAUCUAACCUCAGCAACACCUGUUAGCUAAUAAACGUCUUACAAAACCACUGGGUUUAAUAUCAAACACUGGGGUCUGGACCGGUGUUUCCUUGAUUUAUCGAGUUGUAGAUCCCCACCUGCUUCUAACUUGAGAUUACCAGCUGACCGCUCAAAAAACUGCCACCCAUGAAUGCCAGCUCAUAAACACUGCUUUAACCAAUUGCAUGCUACUGUUGUUGAAGACCAGUUACAUCUGUGAAUGCAUAUUAUUCAACACCUACUAAUAAUUGAAAUGAUUUUAAUUACAGAUCACACAAAUGACAGACCGUGGGCAGAGAACAAAUAUAAGGCAACAUGUGCAAACACAUUCUGAGCCUUGUUUUAAGGCUGCUAUUUCCCUCCCAGGCGUACAUUUGGAGAACAAACAAGUAUUCCUGUUAAGUGUGGCAUGAGGUUGUUUGGUUCCUAGAUUACUUCUUCUUCAGCAGCUCCGUCAUUUCAGGAACAGCCUUAAAAAAUAAAAAUAAAAGUUUGAAAAAUGUUAAUGUUGCUGGACUACACCAUGCUGUCUAAUAAUUGCUCCAUACCCCCAGAAUUUGUUCAGGGUGUUGCCAUAAUAACACAUAAUAAAUAAGUAUUUUAAACACAUAAAUCCACAUUUUGAUUCCCUCUUAAUGUAUCACGGAACAAC